UCUUAUCUUUCUAUUUAUUCUUUCAACAUUACUUUUUUAACUUACUAGUUACUUUCAAUCAGUAACCUCCUCCUAGACUGUAGUUUGUAAAACCUAUAUAUUAUGAUAUUUUCGGUUUAGCAAAGGUAAGCGACGGCGCCGAGCGAGAGAGUGCCCAACACACGGUUAUACUUGCUCUCCGUAUCAGUACAAAAUUCACUUAAAUGAAAAACACAUUAUUAAUAAGACAUUGGUAAUUUAUAAAAUUUGGGAAAAGUGGUAGCAACCCGGUAGUUUCUCCUUCUUUUUAUCUAAACUACAAAAUAUUGUUGUUCCAUUUUGCUUGCAAGAUUGGUUUUGAUCAAUAACAUUAACCAUAAAUAAACAGCUACAGAUAAUAAACAUUCAACAUAAUAUUUUAUAAACGUAUUCGACUUUAAAACAUGUCUGGGACCGACGAAAUUGAUGUCGUAACACCAAGUUUAUCCAGCAAUGCUCGAGGGUUGUUGCAAAGUCCAGGGGUGAAGAAAAAAAAAGUAAAAAGUAACAAAGAAAGUGCAGGUUCAAGCGACGAAGAACGUUGGUUAAAAGCAAUCGAAACUGGUAAAUUGAAUGAAGUAGACGAAGAGUUGAAAAACAUCACGAAAAAAGACCCCAAAAUGAUGACUGCUAGACAAAGAGCGAUGUUCGACAGAAAGAGCGAACAUAAUGAAUUCAUUGAAGAACUUGUCGCGUUACCUUCUGGGUACAGAGAAAAGGUAUUGACUCCUGAAAUGUUACAAAAAAAAGCCAUUAAAUCUCAGAAAAGAAAACAACAGGCAGAUGAAAAAAGAGAAAAUGACAAGAAGCGCACAAUGGAACGAUUGUUAAAAAAACACGAAAGCAAAACCAAAAAUAGUGCAAAAGGACGAAUGGCGAGGAAAGCUGUGAAUAAUAUUGUAUACGUUAGCAAAGAUGAUAAAGUUGACUUGUUGUUCCCAGAAGGAAUGGAUUUUCCUCUAAAAAGUUCAAAAUCCAAACAACCUCCAGUUCAGAAGUUAUGUGAAGUGAAAGGAUGCAAAAAUCGUAAAAAAUAUUCAUGCUCGCAGACUGGCAUCGCGUUGUGCAGUAUACGGUGUUACCAAUUGAAUCGAUUGAAUCUUUUAAAUGUUAAAUAAAUUUUUUUUUCAUCUUUACAUAAAUAUUUUGCUUGAAUCUUUUACAUUUUUAUGAUAUUUAUUGAGUUCACAUUAAUAAUUAAUAAACAAUGUCAUUAUGUAAAUCUUUAUAUAGAUAAUUGUAAUAUUUCCCAAUUUUUUUUUUAUGUAAUUUUUUAUCUGCUUACAUUAAUAUAAUGUUUAUGACAACUAGUGAAGUUUUAUUGUAAUGGAACUAGUCGUAAGUUUUAUGUUCAUUUCAAAAAGACUAAUGUGUACAUUAAAUGAUACCAAAUUCUUUUACUACUAUUGCUUCUAUUAAAAUUACUAUAAAUUAAGAAUAAUUUGUUAGUUACUUUAUUGAAAUGUCGAAACUUUAAUUUACUUAAAAAACUUGCUAAGCCUUUAUUUGAAUCAGAAUUUAUGUUAAACAUGACGUUAACACUUAUG